AUGAGCGAAAAGUUUUUCUGGAAAACAGCUGCAAAAGUCGGUACUGUACGUGGUUCCGGUUAUGCACUUCCCUUCUCAGCAGAGAACUUCAACCAGAUACUAACUGGUUACCAAACUCCAGAACAGAUAACAGGGUUACAAACGCCCAGAAGGACAGAACUGGGGUAUCAAACCGCCAAGAAGGAAAACUUGGGACAUGAAAGAGGUGCAAUUAGUACUGAAGUCCUCGCCGCGUAA